AUGUCUUGUCAGUGUUCAGAAAAAAACAAAAUCGAUCGGGCGUAACUUAUUCAUGUUUAUAUUAUAUUUACAAUGUUUUCUCUGUAAGAUUAGAUAUCUGGUUAUAUAGAGAAGCACUUAUUAUGUCUGGAGAACUUGGUGAUCUGAGCCCAAAGCAGGCAGCGACGCUUCAAGAAUUUAAAGAAGAACUCUGUGAUGUCAUAAAGCCCCAUCACGAUGACCAUUAUUUACUCAGGUGGCUCAGAGCUAGAGAUUUUGACUUGAAGAAAUCAGCAGAUAUGUUGCGAAGUAACUUGAAGUGGAGAGAAGAACUGGGUGUUGACAGAAUAUUUGAAGACUUCAACCCUCCUGAGGUGUGUAGAAUAUAUUAUACAGGCGGUGUAAUGGGGGCUGAUAAGGAGGGCUGCCCAAUAUGGUGGGACCCCUAUGGUUGCAUCGAUUUAAAAGGUAUCUGCUACUCCAGUAAGAAGAGUGACAUUAUUAAAUACAAAGUCAGAUGUGUUGAACAAUGCUACAGAAAGAUGGCAGAGCAGUCACAAAAGCUUGGUAAAAAGAUAGAUAAACUACUAAUAGUGUUUGAUUUGGAGAAGCUUGGAAUACAACAUCUUUGGAGACCAGGUCUAGAAAUUUUCAAUGGCGUGUUGGAGAUAUUUGAAUCUCGUUAUCCCGAAACUACCAAGAAUAUUAUUCUUUUUAAUGGUAUAGAACUUGCUCAAGCCUUGUUUGUUAUCUUGGAAGAUUUUUAUCCAGAAACUCUUAAAUACUGCUUGAUAUGUAAUGCUCCUAGAAUAUUCCCGGUGAUAUAUAACUUAGUGAAACCAUUCCUCAGUGAGAAUUCCCGCAAGAGAAUCCGCAUUCUUGGUAGUAACUACCAGGAAGAACUACAGAAACUUAUUGACAAAUCGGAGAUUCCGCAAUGUUGGGGCGGCACCAAGGUCGGCCCUGAGGGUGAUCCAAGAUGCAGUCAUGAGAUACUAUGGGGUGGCAAAGUCCCAGAAUCAUACUACUCUCAAGUCAAUGUCAAUACUACAAUGGAGAAUAUGACCAAGGUGCAAAUAGGAAGAGGAUCAACUUGCAGUAUUGAAAUAAAAGUCACAGCACCAAAAACAAUAUUAAGGUGGUGUUUCCAAACAGAAGGAAAUGACAUAGGAUUUGGUGUAUUCUACAAGACAGACCCGGACCAGCGUAAAGUGUCUCAAAUGCAAACAGUGCUGACAUCUACACGUGUUAACUGUCACAUGGUUCCUGAGGACGGCAAUGUUGAAUGUACCCAGACUGGCAUUUAUGUGUUCAGAUUUGACAACAGCUACAGCUAUCUAAAGAGCAAGAAAGUUCACUACAGCCUUGAGUUGAUUCCUCCAGAGACUUUAUCUGACUGCUCAGACCUAAGCUUCCAAUCAGCAGAGGAUAUUGCUGCUCUGGUUUCUUAGUUUUACUCAGAAAGUACCAUCAAUAUUAUACCAACAAACACUCAGAGGCUAGCAAGCAUCUUCAAUUAUUUAAACCAAGUACACAGGGCCCAACAAGCAUUUUGGAUUAUUUAGACAAAGUAACACAGGGACCAACAAGCAUUU